AUGAAGGCUACUAAGGAUUCAAGUAAGCAAGAAGCGAAACUUCAGCAGCAGGAAAAUCUCAAAUUCCCAGAUAUCGCCUCUUUAUCUAUCUCUUCUUUCUCUGAUUACCACUCGGUUUCCUUUUCAGGUAAGGAUGUUCAGAAAGAGGAAGUUAUUGAUGUAUUAGACCAGCAAGGGUUCAUUCCAGAAACCCUUAUGGAACAGGAGGUUGAUUGGUUCUACGAAUCACUUGGAAUAGAUGAUUUAUUCUUCAGUAAGGAGUCAUCUAGCAGUAUAGCGAACAUCAUCCACACUUUGUACGCAGCAAAAGUUGAGUCAUUUGCGAAGAUGCGUAUAGAGGGAGAUGUUGACACUGCUGCUAGUGUUUUUACGAUUAAGAAGAAGGUGGUUGCUGAUAACCAUGCGGUUUUCAUUGAAACAGGUGAUGACCUGGAUAACGAAAUAGAUGCUAAGCAUUUAGACAAUUCUGCUAAAUCAUAUCGCUUAGUGUCUUAUUUUGGUGAUAAUAACCUUAAGUUGGUAUUUUUAUACGAGACCAAGUACCCCGAGAAGACGAAGCAAUUGGACGCUGAAACCUUGAUUAAGGGUGAGAUCGACCCAAUAUCUGAUGUGAUAAUGUCCGAGGUUACCUCUGCCGAAAACAGGAAGUUGUACGGUCAGCUAAUACAUUUAGUUUCUGAGCGUGAAGGUCCGGUUAUUAAGACUUUUAACUCGAUUGCAAAUCGUGAUGAGGUAAGGUUAAUUGUCGCUUUCAGGAAAAAUACCACCAAGAGUUAUUAUUCGGCGGUAACGUCGUUGUUACAUUACUAUCAUUUGAAACCAUCCAAGAUUUUCAUUGAAACGUUUGCAAAUGAUGUUGUUGUGUACUCGAUAUACUUGAACCAAUCUGAUCAACAGGAAGAUGUACACAAUCUUGCAUUGUCGAUUCAACAAGUUGAGCGUGAGGCUUCCUUGUUGUAUGCAAUACCAAAUAACUUCUUUGACGAUUUGUACCGCCUGAGACAAUUCUCUCCUCAGGAAGCUAUUUACGCACACUGUGGUUCAAUUUUUGUUAAUCACUUUAUCAAUCGUUUAGGAAGCGAUUACCAUAUGUUGGUUAAACAUCUAGGCGCAAACCAGAAUGACACCUUAUUGCUGGAUGUUUUAAAUAACUUAAAGAAGAAGUUAAGAAAUGAGACUUUUACUCAACAAAUUAUCACUAAUGUGUUGCAUAAGUAUAAAGAAAUCGUGUCCAAACUUUACAAGAAUUUUGCCCAGAUACAUUAUAUUACUCCGCAAUCUUCACGUUUGGAGAAGACUUUGUCUUACCAGCGUAUGUCAAAGUUGGAACCAUUUAAGGAUGAUACUGAAUUUGAAUUAUAUUUGACAAAAUUCAUUCCAAACGACUCGCCAGACUUGUUAAUAUUAAAAACUUUAAAGUUGUUCAAUGAAUCUAUUUUGAAGACAAACUUCUUCAUAACCCGUAAGGUUGCUAUAUCAUUCAGAUUGAACCCAUCGCUCAUUAUGCCGGUUGCUGAAUAUUCGGAAACUCCAUAUGGUAUUUUCUUCGUUGUGGGCAGCACAUUUAAGGGUUUCCAUAUCAGAUUCCGUGAUAUUGCCCGUGGUGGUAUAAGAAUAGUCUGUUCGAGAAGUCAGGAUCAAUACGAUAUCAAUUCCAAGAUGGUUGUUGAUGAAAACUAUGGCCUUGCGUCUACGCAGCAAUCUAAAAAUAAGGACAUACCCGAGGGUGGUUCAAAGGGUGUUGUGUUGAUGAACCAAGGUCUGACGACCCAAACAGACACUUUUGUUGCAUUUUCUCAAUACGUUGAUGCAAUUAUUGAUAUCUUGAUCCAAGAUCCCAAGAAGGAGAAGUACGUCGAUUUAUUCGGGCACCAAGAGAUUUUGUUCUUUGGUCCUGAUGAGGGCACGGCUGGGUUUGUCAAUUGGGCAACGAAUCAUGCUCGUAAGCGUGGUUGUCCUUGGUGGAAGUCAUUUUUAACAGGUAAGACUGCAGACUUAGGUGGAAUACCUCAUGAUGAAUAUGGUAUGACAUCUAUAAGUGUUCGUUCUUAUGUUAACAAGUUGUAUGAGACCCUAAACCUUACUACAACGAAAAUGAACAAAUUCCAAACAGGUGGUCCUGACGGUGACUUGGGAUCCAAUGAGAUCUUACUCUCGACAGAGAAUGAAAACUAUGUUGCAAUUGUGGAUGGAUCUGGUGUGUUGUGUGAUAACCGUGGUAUCAACAAAGAGGAAUUGCGCAAGUUGGCUCAUGAAAGAAAAACGAUUUCCAAGUUUGACAGAUCUAAAUUAAGUGGUAGCGGAUUCUUUGUUUCUGUUGAUGAGACGGAUGUCAUGUUGCCAAACGGCACAAUAGUGUCAAAUGGUACUACUUUUAGAAACAGGUUCCACAUGGAAAUCUUCAAAUUUGUUGACCAUAUCGACUUGUUUGUUCCAUGUGGUGGUAGACCAGCAUCAAUAGAUACCAAUAGUUUGCAUUACUACAUUGAAAAAACCGGUAAAUGCAAGAUCCCUUACAUUGUUGAAGGUGCGAACUUAUUCAUUUCUCAACCUGCUAAAGUCGCUUUGGAAAAGCGUGGAUGUAUCUUAAUCAAGGAUGCUUCCGCAAAUAAGGGAGGUGUCACUUCCUCAUCAAUGGAAGUCCUAGCAUCAUUAGCGUUAAAUGAUGAAGACUUUUUAGCCAAGUUCGUUGAGGUGGAUGGAAAGAGAACACCAUUGUACGAAGCAUACGUUGAAGAGAUUCAAGAAAAGAUCAAACGUAACGCUAUUCUUGAAUUUGAAAGACUAUGGUCGUUAAAUCAAGAGAGAAAGGAGCCAAUUUCAGAAUUGUCAAACCUAUUGUCUCAAACGAUCAAUAAAUUAAAUGACGAUUUGAUAAACUCUGAGGAAUUAUGGCUGAAUGAUUUAGCUUUGAGAAACUAUUUAUUAUUGAACAAAAUUAUCCCUAAGUUGCUAGUUGAUGUGGCAGGGUCAAAGGCUGUAUUGGAGAAUAUUCCUGUACAGUACCUAAAGGCUUUGUUGUCGAGUUACCUAUCGAGCACCUUUGUAUACAAGUAUGGUAUCGAUGUUAACAUAGGGAAGUUCUUGGAGUUUAUUGGCGAGUUAAAGAGAGAUGCUGAAGGCUUCCAAUUAGUAUAA